GUAAACCAAACAAAAAGAAAUGAAUUCCAAACGUUGCGCUAUCUGUAGGGUCUUAAAACAAAUUUGUGACCCAAAUUGCAUAUACAAAGCACAUUUUCCAUCGAACGAUACAAGAUUUGAAGAUGUUCAUCAAAUCUUUGGAGCCAAAAACGUUGCAAAUAUCCUCAACAAUCUUGGAUCUGAAGAACAACGUAAGAUUGCUGCCAACUCUUUGUGCUAUGCGGCUGAGGCUCGUAGACGUGAUCCUGUUUCUGGAAUUCAUGGGAUGGUACAACACUAUCAGAGUAUUCUUAAUGAUGUUGAACAAGAUAUCAAAUUUGCAGAGAAUGAGCUUAAAAGAAAUGUGGGACCGGAUCAAGUGCCAAAAUUUGUUUAUAUUCCAAUUGAAGAUGAUUUUCUCACUACAUCAACUUCUUUGAAUUUUUUUAUUGAGAAAAUAAAGAGGCUAACCACAGUUGAAAAAAAUCAACCUAUGCAACUCUUGAAGAGAGAAGAUCGAAAGAUGGGUGAUGGUCACAGUGUUAAUGAUGCAUCAACAUCUGCGGGACCAUCUGCAACUUUACCUAAGAAGCAUGAGUAA